AUGGUUAUUGAUUCUUGCGCAGCGGUUGGAGAACAUGCUAGUGACGUUCGUGGCGAUGUCCCUUCUACGGCAGACAUCGACUCUUCGCUGGCGGGACCCUGGGAGUACUUCCAGUGCGGCUGGAACGUGGACGAUAUCCUCCGCCCCACGCGCACCAGGGUGGUGCUGGAGUGCACCGAUGAGGCGUCUGUCCGCAUCGUCUACGAGCGCAUCGCCAGGAACGUCACACCGGCCGUGACGUCACUCUUUGCACACGACCCUUGCCUGGCGCAGGCGGCACGCUCUGCAUUGUGCAAUGACGCUGGGAAGCGCGUCCCGCGCCUGCUGCACUACGUCAUCUUCUCGCAGCACGUGCUGGCAAUGCACACCUUCCUUAGCGUCUUGAGUGCUGUGCGCCACCUGGCGCCCUGCCUGGUGCUGCUGCACGGGGAUGCUCUGCCGGAGGGACCGUAUUGGGAGGCGCUACUUCAGCUGGUACCCAACAUCCUGUACGUCAGGAGAGAGAGGCCCCGCCUCAUCUUCGACCGCAUCAUCAACCAAAUGGAGCACAGCACGGACGUAGCCAGGCUGCAGGUUCUACUGGAAUACGGCGGGAUGUACCUGGACACUGACCAGUUAGUCCUGAAACCACCGGAGCCCCUUUGCCACCACGUGACUGUCAUCGGGUCAGAGGUCGCUAACCGUUCGUGCGGCAACGCCUUCAUCCUCAGCGCGCCGGCCGCGGAGUUCCUGGCUCUCUGGCUCGACAGCUAUACCAGCUUCAACGACAGCAACUGGAACUAUCACUCGACGGUAGUGCCACACCUACUGGCUUCAUCCCGACCCGACCUCGUGCACGUCGUCGAUUCCUUCUUCCGGCCCAACGGCUACGACAUCGAGGCGCUGUACCUGGGAGCCCCUUACGACUGGCAGGAGCUGUACGGAAUACACUUGUACGCACGACGAUUCCGCUCGUUUCUCGAUACCAAACCUGGUGGGCCUCGACCAGAGCAGAAGCGCGGGCUAUGGAACAUUGUCCAUAUAUUUUUGUUUGGUUCCAGUCAAGCUUGCUGGUGA